CUUAUUAAAUAGGUUAAUUUGAUCAUGGGUAACAUCCACACUGUAGGACCGAAUCAAGCAGUAGUGGUGUCAGGUGGCUGCUGUGGAUCACAGAAAAAGAAGACAGUUAUCGGUGGAUGGGCUUGGGCAUGGGCAUGUGUCACGGAUGUUCAGAGGAUCUCUCUGGAAGUGAUGACGCUCAAUCCAGUAUGUGAGAAAGUGGAAACAGCUCACGGAGUACCCCUAUCUGUCACUGGUGUAGCACAGGUAAAAAUAAUGACAAAAGAACAGUUUCUGGCGAUUGCAUGUGAACAGUUUCUUGGCAAGUCAACUGAGGAGAUCUCACAAAUCAUUCUGCAGACACUUGAAGGACAUCUGAGAGCUAUUCUAGGAACCUUGUCCGUCGAGGCAAUUUACCAAGACAGAGUUCAAUUCGCCCAGCUGGUCAGAGAUGUGGCCACUACAGACGUGUGCAGAAUGGGCAUCGAGAUCCUCUCAUUCACAAUAAAAGAUGUCUACGAUGAUGUGGACUACCUGAAGAGUUUGGGCAGGACACAGACUGCCAUUGUGAAGAGAGAUGCGGCUAUUGGAGUCGCACAGGCUGAUAGGGACGCCGGAAUUAGGGAGGCGGAGUGUGAGAAGGAGAAGACGAAUGUGAAGUUCAUGGCGGACACACAAGUGGCAGACGCGGAAAGGGAGUACAAGAUGAAGAAGGCAGAGUACGACAAAGAGGUCAACACACAGAAAGCGCAAGCGGAGUUGGCCUAUGAGCUGCAAGCGGCGAAAGAAAAGCAGGCGAUAAAGAAGGAAGAGAUUGAGAUCCAGGUGGUGGAGAGGAGGGCCCAGAUUGCGAUUGAGGAGCAGGAGAUCAAGAGGAGGGAGAAGGAGUUGGAGGCCACUGUGAAGAGCCCGGCUGAGGCGGAGGCAUUCAAAAUGCAGACACUCGCCGAGGCCGAUAAAUUCGUGCGUGUGAAGAGGAGCGAGGCUGAGGCGGACAAGAUCAAGAUGGUGGGAGAGGCGGAUGCGUCGUCCACUCUGGCUAUAGGCAGUGCAGAGGCCGAGAUGAUGAGGCUGAAGGCGGAUGCAUACAAGCAGUACGGGGAGGCGGCCAAGAUGAGUCUGGUGCUCGAGUGUCUGCCAAAGAUCGCUGCUGAGGUGUCGGCUCCUCUGAGGAAGGUGGAAGAGAUUGUGAUCAUCGGAGACGACAGGGCCACGGCGGACAUCAGCAGAAUGGCAGCCACCCUCCCUACUGCCAUUAGUGCACUCACAGGAAUCGACAUCACAAAGGCUGUUGGCAAAGCCAUCAACUAGACUUUCUUCAUUCGUGGGAUCACGUCAACCAAAAUGAACGACAAAACUAGAAAUUGGAGGAAAACAAGAAGACGGAAGUUCCAAUUUAUAUCACAGUUAAUACAAGAUUUACGCUAAUGUGGCUCAUAAUGGUUCUUAAAACAGAACGGACAGUUUUUUAUUGGAAAAACACUAAUAAAUUUAUUGGUACACAAUAUGGGUCAUUUUUUGCUGAUUCCGCCCAACUUUAUAUACACUUGAACAUAUUAUUAAAUUAAUCUGACAUGAGGUUCAAUUUUUAUUUUUGUAUCGGGUUAGGUUUAAAUUGAUUGAGUUUCAACAAAAGACAUAUGAAAUUCUUCACAAUUUCCCUUAUUAUUUUCAAUUUUGGGUGAAAUAAGCAAAAAAAAACCCAAAUUGUUGCAAAUGAAAAGUGAGCAGGAUUCCUCUCCCUUAAGUUCUAUCCUACCUCAGAUGCGAUAUGUGUACAUGGUAUUAUAUGUUUCGAUUAUUUUUCCCUCAUUGAUUUUCUAGAAUAGCUUAAUUUGAAGCGUUCUUAGUGGUAUAAAAAACCACGGGAGUCAGAAAAAGUAUGAAAUUAUAAUCUAAAAUAUGCAAUAGAGCCUAAAAAGAAAAGCUUCUGACUCUCCUAGAUCUCAAAUGUAUCUGUUGUGCCUAUUUUGGGUUCUCUGAGAGCCUAUUUUGUGUGUAGCGUGUGAGUACCUAUCUUACAAUAGUAGUCCAAUAAAAAAAUUCUUUUCCAGUUGAGCCUUCCAAAAUUCUCAAAACAGUCAGCUCUAUUUAGGUUUAAACAUGAUUACAAUCUAAACCUAGGACAAUUAAUGGACCUCAACGAUAAUAUUUUGACCGGAUAUGACUGGAAAAGAGCCAAAUAGUUCGUUUCUAUCUUUCAAAUAAAAUGCACGCGUUUGUUGUUUCAGUGAAUGAAUGCUCGUUUCUAUCAAAAUUUAUGUAUUUCCUUUUUGAUGCUAUUGAUCCUCGGAAAGAGAUUGUUAUCGAAAGUUAUGGAAGAGAGUAUUUUAGACGGAUGUUUUGGCUCUUUUUGAGUGACUGAAUCUUACUUGGCAGCAAAAGUGAAUUUAAUUCCGUACUUUGUAAGUAUAGAAAAAUUACUUUACACGUAAAAUCUAAAGAUAUGCGGAACUUGAAAAGAGCUGAAAAAUUUGAAGCAGACAAUUAUUUUAGAAUUGUGAAUAUUGAUGUUGCCUAAGUUAAAAUGGGUUGUAUUGAUAGCCUAGAAAUGUUUUAAAAUUCAGUCUAUUCAAAUUUCGAAAAUGUACAAUUUUAUAAUUAACCAGAUGAAUUUAAUGUUAACCAUUUUG